CUGAAAAGGUCCAGCCCUUAAAACUCCAGAGAUUGGCCUGACUUGAGGAAAAAAUCUGGCCCUUCGCUGGGAAGUCAGGCAAGGCCACUGCGAGGUGUUGGCAUGCUUUCAAUAUUUUCCCUGUUAAAUGCCCCGCACGCUGCCGACACUCCUCCGUGUGCUCAGGGGCGCCGCUCUCUCCCGGGAGCACCGUGCACACCCGGGACAGCUCUCCAUUCCCAGCGAAGCGGCCGCCGCAAACAUGAAGUGAAAAAAGUCCGAAGUGCACGUCAGGAAGUUUGCGGCGGUGCCCUGCUAUCCUCCCAGUCCUCAGCCUGAAGAAAGUUUUGAAAAUUUCUCAAUACUUUCGAUUGAGAAUUUCACUCCAGGAAGAUCAGUUUCGGUCGCCAGACCAGAGAGUGAAACCUGACGCUACAAGAACCAAGAUAUCAACAUAAAAAUAUUUAGUUUUGCUUCAGAAGACUUUUUGUUUAAAAAUAAGUGUCGUCCGGCGCUGAAAUCGUGCCGGACGCUGUCCCGUGCGGAUGGAUCCAGGGACCCUGCGAGCUGUCAGGGUGACAAGAUUGGUGCCUGGGCUGUUUGGAUGUGCAUUGUUGCUUUUGUGUUGCCGAGCAGAAUUAUCGUCUACCCUUACAGUGACAGGAAUUGUAGGAGAAAGUUCUCUUCUGCCUUGCCUGGACACCAAUGUGGGAAAAGAAGUCAAUAAUGAGAUACGUGUUUACUGGCAGGUGGCGAACCAGUGCAUUUAUGCCUAUUACUCAGGUCAGGAACAUCCCGACCAGAACUACAGCAACCGAGCAAAGCUAUUUACCACAGAAUUUAAACAAGGCAAUUUCUCCCUCCUUCUGACUGACCUCCAAGUGAGUGAUGAAGCCAAGUACAUCUGCCUCAUUCAAUUGAAAACAUCAUCUUUGGGAUACAGUGUGGUUCUAAAAGUUACAGUAACAUUACAAGUAGCAGCCCACUAUGCAGAGCCUACGCUGACUUCGGAGGGACAACAGGGUGAAGGAAAGUCCGUGAGGCUGACCUGCUCUUCAUGGGGAGGAUAUCCAGAACCGAUCGUACACUGGACCAGUGGUUUCCUGAACAUCGAUGAAAACAGUACGGCCGAGAAUUUCACUAACUGUUCUCGUGAACAACUGUGCAACGUUACCUCUGUUCUGUGGGCACAUACUGCAUUAAACUCCAUUACUUGUAAAAUAUACAAUGCCAAGCUGAAGGAGAAUAAAACUGCAACAUAUAUUGGGAAUUUCUUCCAAGAAUAUAAUAUAAGUAACAUUGUGAGUGAAACACAUCGUAGAUGGACUAUAACAGUGGUCAUCGUUGUUGUUAUAUUGGUGCUACUGGUAGCUUACAUUUUACUGGGACAUUUCAGCAAGCCUUCAAGUGCAGAUGGUGUGGCUGCACAGCAAAGUGAGCUGGCCUCGUUUGUUGGCUUGGAUCCUGCAGUUUGAGCCCAAAGUCGCGUAUGGACGGCCCAGGGCUGUGCUGAGGGUCAGCUGUUAACCAGUGACAAUGACAGAAACUUGGAGGAGAACGGUCCAGAUGUUGUGGCUGUGGAGUGCACAUUCUGUCACGCUGUGAAUUACUUUGUAUACAUUUCCUUCGUUUGCUUUCAUUAACUCUACUCUCCAUAAGGAUGGAGCCAAUGUGAAAUGCUCCACACGCCACAUUCCCUUCUGGAAAGGAGCCACAUCUUCGUUGCCGACCUCGUUGGAUUGUCCAGCUGGAUUUGAUCAAAUGAAAACACAGAUGGCAUUGGGAGCCUGAACAUUACCACCUCACUCCAACACAAUCAGCAACAAUACAGCCAAAGGAUCCAUAUGUUCAUUUUGUUUUAUUUUGCUAUGUUCUCUUUUAAAAAAACACAGGUCUCACUCUACUGUACAUCUAGCUAAACUGCAACAACUAUACAGUCCAUUAUAUGAAAAAACACAUAAGACUAACCAAAAUAUAUCUUGGAACAU